AUGACAUUUUUUUCAAUUCAAGCAAGACAAACCAUUAGAACUCAUUUUCACUUUUUGAAGAAAAGACAAGUGUCUACAGAAUCAGCAGAACAAGGUAAGAGAUGGGCUGCUAUUAAAGCAAUCCGUCAUGUCAUCGACAGUCAGCCUUCUGUCAUUGGUCUUGGUUCGGGCACAACAAUCGUUUACGCCAUUGACGAGUUAAAAAAGCACAAGAUAGCACAAGACGUGAUAUGUAUACCAACUAGCUUUCAGACGCGACAGCUUAUACUUGCCAAUAAUCUAAAAUUGGGCAACUUAGAACAAUAUUCAAGGAUUGACGUUACUGUCGAUGGCGCAGAUGAAAUCGAUCCAAGAUUGAAUGUUAUUAAAGGCGGAGGAGCAUGUCUUUUCCAGGAAAGACUAGUAGCCAAAGCAUCCCGGCGGUUUGUUUUGAUAGCUGAUGAAAGGAAACGAUCACAUCAACUAGGAACAAAGUGGAAGCGAGGAGUACCCGUCGAAGUUGUACCUAUGGCUCUAAGUCCUAUUCAGUAUACACUUAGAGAAAUGUUUCCAGAUGCUCUUAUUCGACUAAGGAUCGCACAGCCAUCAGAUAAAGCGGGACCAGUGGUGACAGAUAACGGCAACUUCAUUCUGGACUGCCACUUCGGCCCCAUACAAAAUCCAGAUUUACUUUACAAGGAGAUUAAAUCUCUAACAGGUGUUCUGGAUGUAGGUUUAUUUUGCAAUAUGGCAGAUGCUGCUUAUAUUGGUCAUCUAGAAUCAGAUAGUGGAGAUAUCUUGUCUGUUUCCGAUCUUAUCAAACAAUAA